AUGAGAGGAUUUCUCUCUCUUACUGUGGUUGUCUUUGUAUUCCUUUUUCGAUAUUUCUGUGUUUUGGCCUUUCCUCCUCAGAGUAUUCCAGGAGAACAUCAAUCAAAGUCGCAUCUUACAUUAAAUAUAUAUGGGAUAUACCUUUCGACGCAUAAAUUUUUAUUGAAACACAAUCUUGUCAACAGUACAGGGCGAACACCGAGCGAAGCGUUAAACGAGUUUUUUGGAAAAGACAGAGACUCACAGACUCACUUUCUUGAGAAUGUUUAUGCGAUUACCAAUUAUCAAAACGAGGUUCAAAGAGAGUUGGCCGAUAAAGCAUAUUACCAUGUAAAUGGGGAACAGAUAGUAUUGGCACAUAAUCACGUGCGAUCUUUAAGAAAAUCUUUGAUUGACCUUUCAAAAUCAGCAUCUACAGCAGACAUAGAAAUAUUGAGGGAACGAACAGGGCAUUGUCUUUAUACUAUCCAGCAGUUCUACAGUAAUACUAACUGGGUAGAGCUAAAUGAUGACACUAUUCUAAAGGAGUUUGGUAUUAAAGAAUUACUUCCCGAGGCUGUAAAUGAUCUGUCAGAAGAUACUUGUUACGACUGUCCUACAGACUUGGAAAGCAUUCAAAAUGGAAUGUGCAUGAACAAUACCAUAACAACUAAAUUAACGAGUGGAUACAAAGCUGGGCAAGAUGUAGCCAAACCGCUUAAGACUGAACAGAAGACAGGAAAAUGUAGCCAUGGUUCCCAGGACGACACAACCCGACUUAGAACAGCCACUGGUGGUAUUUAUAAAGGGAGAUCGUCUGCUGCACAUGCCCCUCACUACCACCUACACGAACAAGCUUUUGAGGCCGCCAAACAAGCCUCAGUUUAUUUUCUAUCAGAUGAAGAUGACGGCCUUUUUAACAAGCUCGGGAUUCACCUAUCUACAGAGAUAUUCCAAAUCAAAUCAAAUACUGGAAAUAAAGAAAUAAAAGAUUAUUCAAUCGCAUUUAUCGUCGACGUUACUGGAUCAAUGUCAGACAAUAUAAACGGAGUAAAACAAGGGACAACGUCAUUCGUGAACGCUAUAAAGGCAUCUGAAAAUGUGCCAGAGAAAUAUAUUCUCGUAACAUUUAGUGAUCCAGUUGAUUUUGAAACAAGCCGAGUAACAGCCGAUGCAGACGAAAUGAUUGAUUGGUUAGGCAGUCUCUCUGCUAGCGGUGGUGCGGACUGUCCAGAAUACAGUCUGUCUGGUUUAAUAACAGGGGCAACUCUGUCUAACCACAACUCACCUGUUUACAUUUAUACGGAUGCUCCUGCUAAAGACCCUGAAAAGGAAGCGGAGGCUAUAAGAAUUCUACUAGAAAAGAAUAUUACAGCAAAAUUUCGUCUGACUAAUGAAUGUGGACGUCGACGAAAACGCGCAAUAGAACGAUAUAAGCGUCAGUCUUCUGUGUAUGAUCGUAUUGCACAAACCACAGGUGGCGAUGUCCAAAGGUUUUCGUCGUCGUCCGAGUUAGCUUCAAAAGUUGAAGAAGAUUUACUGAAUGAUUUGAAUAUCAUACAAAGUAACUCCUCUCAAACCUUGGACACGGAUAAUUUACCAUCAUCUACAUCUGUAAUUAAAUGGGGGACUAUCGACCAAGAUGACACUAAUAAUUUAACAAUAGAGGUAGAUGAUUCAGUAGAUUCUCUGCAUAUUGAAAUAAAUGGAACAACAAAUUCAAGUGACAUUCAACUGAGAAACCCAAAUGGUACAUUGAUUUUACUUGAAUCUGUAAAUGGGUAUGUACAACAAACUGGGAUACAGAUAUCAAUUCAGACCCCGGAAAAAGGAGAAUGGACUUUAAAGAAAGUUAAUAAUAAUAAUCAGUGGAAUGUGACUAUCACAGCUAAUAGUUCAUUUGAUAUUACAUCAACUUUACUUGAGAUGUCAACGGAAGGCAUCCCUUACCCAGUGAAGGGAAACCCGCUAUCGGGCAAAGAAUAUUUAGUUGUUACAUCAUUGCAAAACCUCCCUACAAACUAUACCGUGUCAUUCCUUACGCUAGUGGACGAAACAGGGCAGACUAUCAGUAAAAUGAAUGCCAGUCUUCUCAGCGCUUCUCCAAGCCUCCAGUAUUAUGCUAAAACAACGAUUACCAAGCAGAUAUCAGGAAUUCAGUUUCAUGGUGCAGAUUUUACUGGUCGUCCUUUUUUACGCUCCGUUAGACAUGCCAUCACCCCUGUAGAUGUAUCCCUCAGAAUGCGCCCUUUUGUUGGAGAUCUGUCGCUUUCAAAAUUGGAACAAAUUCAAUACACAAUUACCAACCAUGGAACAGCCAACAAAAUUGUUGUUGUGACAGUGUCUGAUGACAGGAGUUAUAUUGUUGGGAAUAGAUCCCUAACGUUAGUCAUUCAACCAGGAGAAACAACAGAGGAAUCCUUCAGUAUCAGAGGAACAACCCCUUUGACUAUUGUUACUGUGAAAAUAUCUGUGGAGGAAAAGGAAACAUUAGUAGAACUCCAGACUGUUACCAAGAAACUGACGGUAUCAUCUGCCAUACGUCCAUCGUGUAAAGUGACUUUAGAUGAGGAUACGUGUCGAAGUCAAAUUAUUAAUAGCAGUAGUUGUGGCGAUGUUGUGUGGCAAGGGGGAGCUGAAUUUAAUUUUUCUGGAACGCUUCUAAGGUCUCUGUAUGUGUCCAGUUCUUCUGUUAAUUUGACACAUAGUUCCUUACUAGUUUCAUCUGGCCUGGUGGACGCUUCACUAAGAGGUGACUGUUGUUCCUCGUCGGUUGUCCUCAGUGCUAUUGAUGCUGAAGGCUUCGUCUCUCAAUGUAGAUUUAUCUUGUAUUCAGAGGCCCCAUCUGACAACAUUGUAAUGGAUUCCAUAAAUCCCAUGAUGCAGGAGAGUUCUUUGCCGAGUUCUCGAGAUUUGACCAUCAUUGGUGGAGCAGUGGGCGGCGCAAUAGCUGGAAUAAUUAUUGUCUCUAUGGCUGUAUUCCUGAAACUUCAUAUAUCAAAUUCAAAGAUAUAUAAGGUCAAUGACAUAAGUCAUAAAUUUGUUGAUCGAUCUGAAAAAAUAAAAAAUACGCACUUUAAAAACACAGAAAAGCUGUCACAACCAAGCGCUGCUAGAGAUUUAGAUAUUAAUUUCUGAACUGUU